CGUGUCCCUCGAGGCGGGUGGCGGGUCCGGAAAGCGUCAGGCGGUGUGGGCGAGGGGAGGCGGCCAAGAUGGCCGACGGCCGGUAGCGGGGCCUGAGGAGGCGGAGGAAGGAGCGGGGUCCGCCUGCCCGCCCGCCCGUCCCUCCCGUCCGUCCCUCCCGUCCGUCCGUCCGUCCGUCCGGCCCCGAGCGGCCCAUGAGGCGCCCGUGCGGUCCGCGCAGACCCCGCCCGCCGCCGCCGCCGCCAUGAACCCCGAGAAGGACCUGUCUCCGCUCACCCCCGCCAUCGUCCGCGCCCUCAAUGACAAGCUCUACGAGAAGAGGAAGGUGGCCGCGCUGGAGAUAGAAAAGCUGGUGAGAGAGUUUGUGGCCCAGAACAACACCGUGCAGAUCAAGCACGUGAUCCAGAUCCUGUCGCAGGAGUUCGCCCUGUCUCAGCAUCCCCACAGCCGGAAAGGAGGCCUCAUUGGGCUGGCAGCUUGCUCCAUCGCCCUGGGCAAGACCGACUCCGGGCUCUAUCUGAAGGAGCUGAUUGAGCCAGUGCUGACGUGCUUCAACGACGCGGACAGCAGGCUCCGCUAUUACGCCUGUGAGGCCCUUUACAACAUAGUCAAGGUGGCCCGGGGCUCUGUCCUGCCCCACUUCAACGUGCUCUUCGACGGACUGAGCAAGCUGGCUGCGGAUCCGGAUCCCAAUGUCAAAAGUGGUUCUGAGCUUUUGGAUCGACUCUUAAAGGACAUCGUGACCGAAAGCAACAAGUUCGACCUGGUGGGCUUCAUCCCUCUGCUGCGGGAGAGGAUUUACUCCAACAACCAGUACGCUCGGCAGUUCAUCAUCUCUUGGAUCCUGGUUCUGGAAUCCGUGCCAGACAUCAAUCUGCUGGAUUACCUGCCGGAGAUAUUGGACGGCCUCUUCCAGAUCCUGGGCGACAACAGCAAAGAAAUCCGGAAACUGUGUGAAGUGUCUCUUGGAGAAUUCCUGAAGGAGAUUAAAAAAACCCCCUCCAGCGUCAAGUUUGCCGAAAUGGCCAACGUCCUGGUGAUCCACUGUCAGGCUCCAGAUGAUCUGAUCCAGCUGACGGCCAUGUGCUGGAUGAGGGAGUUCGUCCAGCUGGCCGGCCGGGUGAUGCUGCCCUACUCCUCGGGAAUCCUGACGGCCGUCCUGCCCUGCCUGGCGUACGACGACCGGAAGAAGAGCAUCAAGGAGGUGGCCAACGUGUGCAACCAGAGCCUGAUGAAGCUGGUCGCGCCCGAAGAUGACGAACCGGAUGAGCCAAAGCCAGUGGCCCCGGGGCGGGUGGGGUCCGACGUGGAUGACUCCCCGGUCAAGCGGGAGGUGACGGCCAAUGGGUGUCUGGAUCCUUCCUGUGACUCCAGCUUCAGCAGCAGCCUCAGUGCCUUCACUCCAGGCAGCGCCGAAAGAGGCCCGGCGACCCUGAAUUUCGACGGGAUCGUGCAGGUGCUCGACUGCCACCUCCGGGACGCGGCCAUUGGGAUGAUGACUAGGAUCGCCGUCCUGAAAUGGCUGUACCACUUGUACAUCAAGACCCCUCGGAAGAUGUUCCGGCAUACGGACAGCCUCUUUCCCAUCCUGCUGCGGACGCUGUCGGACGAGUCGGACGAGGUUAUCCUGAAGGACCUGGAAGUUUUAGCGGAAAUCGCAUCCUCCCCCGCCGGCCAGACGGAAGGCCCCAGCUCUUGCGACAGCCCCGACCUGCGAGUCAGCCAGUCGGAGCUGCAAGUGCCUGCCCCCAACAGGAGCGGCCUCCUGAGUCCCCUCGGUCCCAAAGCUUUGGAAUGCUCUCCUUACACUCCCACCAUGAAUUCCUACUUCUACAAGUUCAUGAUUAACCUGCUCAAGCGGUUCAGCGGCGAGCGAAAACUUCUGGAGAUACGGGGAGCGUUCAUCAUCAGGCAGCUCUGUCUGCUGCUGAACGCGGAGAACAUUUUCCACUCCAUGGCGGACAUCCUUCUCCGAGAAGAAGACCUCAAGUUUGCCUCAACCAUGGUUCACACCCUCAAUACCAUCCUCCUGACCUCUACCGAACUCUUCCAGUUGAGAAAUCAGCUCAAGGACCUAAAAACUCAGGAGAGCCGGAACCUGUUCUGCUGCCUCUACCGCUCCUGGUGCCACAACCCUGUCACCACGGUGUCCCUCUGCUUCCUCACUCAGAACUACCGGCACGCCUACGACCUCAUCCAGAAAUUCGGGGAUCUAGAAGUCACUGUGGAUUUCCUCAUUGAGGUGGACAAGCUGGUGCAGCUGAUCGAGUGUCCGAUUUUCACAUACCUCCGCCUGCAGCUGCUGGAUGUGAAGAACAACCCCUACCUGAUCAAAGCCCUGUACGGACUGCUCAUGCUGCUCCCCCAGAGCAGCGCCUUCCAGCUCCUCUCCCACCGGCUGCAGUGUGUGCCCAACCCAGAGCUCAUGCAGACGCAGGAGGAUGCUCAGGUUGCCCCGGCCUCCCGCCAGGCGGACCCCCCCAGCAUCGACUACGUGGAGCUGCUGCAGCACUUUGAGAAAGUCCAGAACAAGCACCUGGAAGCGAGGCACCAGCGGAGCGGACGUGGGGACCACCUGGACCGCAAGAUGGUUCUCUGAGCCCCUCGUCCACAGAGACACGUGGGCGGGGAUGGCUUCUGGGCAUCCGUUCGUGGCUCAGGGACCCGGUGAGCCUGGUGCGGGGAGGAGGCAAGGAAGCGGGGGAGUCCUGAGGAACGCGCCUGGCCUCAGGCUCUAUCACCGAUGGCCCCGGGUGGGGGAGGCAGGGAGCAGCGCCCACCUUCCUCUCCCCGAAACUCGCACGCCCUUUCCAGGCACACUCUUCCCUUCUCCCUCUCCCCUCCUCCCCCCCCUUCCCCCUGGCACCGGCUUCUCAAAUCAAGAGGGAAAGCAGUGAGCGGGUCGUGCCGAUAUCUGCUCCCGUUUGCUCUCCCGUCCCAGGGUGGGGCGAGCGGCUCUGUGGAGCGCUCUAGGCCGGCCGGAUCGUCGCUCUCACUUCUCGGGGCCUCCCGGGUCCUCAGCCUCUCAUACCCUUCUUCAGAAAUAGCCUCUUUCUACUGUCCCCCUCCUCUCCAGAUUUGUAACAAAGCUCAGUCCGCCCUCCUCUCCUGGAUUUCUCGCUCUCUGUACGUACGCACGGAGCGUAUACAUAGCUAGGCUUUGGUCCCAGAGCCGCAUCCAGCCAGAGCACGGGGCUUGAUACUGACUGAUGGAAAUCUCCCGUGUCCCAAUAAAGGAAUGUUGGCAAAUUCUA